AUGUCUUUGUUCGACACCUCGAUGGAGGAGUGGGACAAGAUCCACACGUGGUGUCUCAACAUGGCCGCCGCCGACUACUCCCAAAACAACGUUGACCUCCGCGGCAUUCGCCAGGAGCACUACUGGUAUUACCUUGAGGAAUACUAUUCCAGCUACGGCUCCCGAGUCCUGGAGAACACCCACGGUGCCUUCGUCAUCAUGCAGGACCUCCAGAACGAUUUCUAUGUCCGCGACCUCCGUUGGGAGGAUGAGUGCGUGUACUCGCGUUAUCUCAACUGCAUGGACUAUGACGAUGAGGAGCGCGACCUCCGCCGCAUGGCAUUCUUAAACACCAAGGCCACCCAGUGGCAUUACUACCCGAACGGAGAGGACCUACCCUUCGUUACGGCGUAA